GCGGGAGCACGUACAGCGAUCGGGUUCCAGCGGAGAGAGAACGCAAACUUGGGGCUGUCGAGCGGCAGGUCUGACUGAUACGCAGAAACUCACCACACCUUGGAGCUGGGAGAACCAGAAGCUGGAGUGUCUCUCAGGAUACAGUCUAGAGAAAAGUCUCCCAAAAAAGUGCCUCAAGCAAGGGAUGGCACUGGCCUUGAUCCACCCUAACAAGCGUGCAUACUCUUUGGCUCCCCUGAAUCUGAAGGAGGAGCUUCAGGGAUUCAAAGUUCAAGGGGACAGAAAAGGCGUUGGGCAGGAGCCAUUGUGCAAACAGUUCAGGCAGCUGCGCUAUGAGGAAAGCACUGGACCUCGAGAGGUUUUACGCCGCCUCAGGGAGCUCUGCAGACAGUGGCUGCGGCCUGAGACCCACAGCAAGGAGCAGAUCCUGGAGCUGCUGGUACUGGAGCAGUUCCUGACCAUCCUGCCAAGAGAUCUGCAGGUCCAGGUGCUCGAGCACCACCCAGAGACUGGGGAGGAACUGGUGGGAAUACUGGAAGAUUUGCAGCUGGACCGUGGAAAAGCAGAAGAGCAGAAGGACUCAGCCCAAAAAACCAGACCGACUGUGUUGGUUGGAGUGCCAGCCCUUCACAGAGAAGCACAGGAGCAGCCUGAGUAUGCAGUUCAGAAGCCUGAGGACAGAGGUAAAGAGACAAGGAGUGAGAAUGGGAAGCUCAUUGCAGGGACAGACUUUUGUGGAAGAGUGGAAUCAUCUUAUACAAUGUCUGAACCC